UAACUACACUACACCCACGAUUAGUGAACGUUUGCGUGUUAUGCCGCUGAGCCGCUCAGUGUUCACUUAUGCGACAUACGCAACUGUACUCUUAAAUUUCAAUGGAAGUUUUGCGCACUAAUGAUUACUACAUUUUAAAUAAGGGGCAACAUUCUUUAUGGUUUGAUCGAAGGAAUGGCAAUCAUGAGUACAAAACAUGUUGGGAUCUUGCUUCUGCUGAAAAUCCAGUGUGUCUUGGGGUGGUCCAUACCAUGCUGGGAAAACUGCAAAUUCAUUCAGACCUGCCACCACGCUUAGCCCUAGUAACUGGAGUUCGGGAAGUUGGCUCUCCAGUGUAUGGAGGCGGAGGUGUGGGAUGCCGGGUGUACGGCAUCAGAAGGGUGUGCUUCCUGCCACUCAGCACCCUGCCUCUGGAUGCCAGUACCCAUGCCAUGCUGGGGUUCCACCCCUGCCAGAAGCACCAGAACACACAAAACUCUGGCCAGGAGCGGCGCGGCAUCCCAGACCCCCGGGCUGGUUUGUCCAAGACAUUCGGCACCCUGCGCAGUGUGACGUCUUCACUGCGCUCUGCCACCGCCAGCGUGGCAGCUAACGCCACCGGACAGAGCCGACUACGUCGGGAGGACAGGGAGCGCUACGAGCGCCGUAUCCUGGACGAGCUGCUGAAGAUGUUCAACGAGUCUGAGUGCGGCGAGUCCUUCUACUUCUGCCACGACGGUGCCGACCUCACAAGCUCCGUGCAGCGUCAGAACAGCGCCCAGUACAGAGCCAGCGACCCGCUCUGUCGGCGCGCGGACGACAGGUUCUUCUGGAACCGCUUCAUGAUGAAAGACUUCAUCGCUGAUACCCCAGGCGCGUCGGACGUGUGGGUGGUGCCUGUCAUCCAGGGCUUCGUGCAGAUAGAAGCUGUGCCCAUGGACACGCCCGACACUAACACUGAGACCACCAACGCUCAGCAGCCGGGCGACUACUACAGCAUGUGCGUGAUCUCGCGCCGCAGUCGUCACCGCGCGGGCACGCGCUACAGGCGUCGCGGCGUAGACGAUGAGGGACACGUCGCUAACUACGUCGAGACCGAGCAGAUCGUCGCGCUCAACAAACACGUCGUCGCCUUCGUCCAGGUGCGAGGCUCAGUACCCGUAUUCUGGAGUCAACCAGGCUACAAAUAUCGCCCUCCGCCACGCCUCGACAAAGGUGCUGAGGAGACACAGGCGGCGUUUGGUCGGCACAUGAGCGGCGAAUUGUCGCGCUACGAGCGGCUGGUGUGCGUGAGUCUCGUCGAGCAGGCGGGGCGGGAGAAAGUUAUUGCUGAUGCUUACCUCGACCACAUCCUUAAACUUAACUCCCCCAGCAUCACUUACGUUACCUUCGACUUCCACGAGUACUGCCGUGGAUUGCGCUACGAGAACGUGUGUGUGCUGCUGGAUGAGCUGGCGCCUGUGCUGCAAUCAGCUGGCUACUGCUGGGUCGACAAACAAGGCCUCAUCUGUCAACAAAAAGCUGUCUUCCGCGUCAACUGCAUCGACUGUCUGGACAGAACCAAUGUCGUGCAGACGGCGAUCGCGCGCACGGUUCUGGAAGGUCAGUUCGUGAAGCUCGGCCUCCUGGCCCCUGACCAGCCUCUGCCCGCCCUCUGCCGCGCUGCUCUUAACGCCAUGUGGGCCAACAACGGCGACACCCUCAGCAGGCAGUACGCCGGCACCCACGCCCUCAAGGGGGAUUUUACUCGAACUGGCGAACGGAAGUUUUCCAGUUUGAUGAAGGACGGCAUGAACUCCGCGAACAGGUACCUACAGUCCUCAUUGUCGGACAGCUGCCGACAGACUGCCAUAGAUAUCGUGUUGGGGGUGCCUCCUGACACACCGUCCAGCAAUCCCUACACGUGGAACGUUGACGAUCUCUGGAGUGGCUUGGGGUCAACCUCCAGGUACUACAUGAACCGCUUCAAGGACGUGUACCGGCAAGCCACCAUCGACCACAUGCUCGGUAACCCCGUGGCGCCGGAGCUGGAGCAGCUGGAGCGCGGGGGCGGGGCGGCGCCCCUAGAGGAGGAGGACGCCAACGCUGUCGCCCAGCAAGUCAAGAGCGUCAUAGACGAUGCCCAGACCUGGCUCGUCCCUGACGCCCACACCGUCCUGGGCGCCUGGGGGCUUAUCGAUGCCGACCCAUACACGGGCGACCCUGACCAAGUGGACAUGGAUACGAUCGUGGUGCUGACGCGAGACUCGUACUACGUAGCGCAGUACGACGAGGCCAGCGACCGCAUCACCGGCUACCAGCGCGUCUCUCUCAUCGACCUCGACGCCAUUGAACUGGGAACUUAUACUUUUCCGAGCGUGUUCAAGCAGUCGCGGGUACACUACUGCCUGCGUCUGUGCUACCGAGAGGACAAGCAGCCUGGCUACUUCCACACGAUGCGCUCCAUGAACAUCCGCUUCUUCAAUAACAUCGCCGUCACCAUCCGCACCGAGGAGGAGAGAGUGGAGUCAGUGAAGGCGAUAGGCAGCACCUUCCAGGUGGCCGUGGAGCUCAUAGGCUGCGAGGUGAAGCUCGUCUUGCUGCCCCGUCUCGAGAAGAGGAGAAGCAAGGGCCGCUCCUCCCACUCUCUCAACCCACUCAGUCUCUUCAGCUCUCCCCUCGCCACCCUCUCUAAGCCCUCUCAGGGAGCCUUCAAAACUGCCGGGAGCAGAGCGUUCAAUAACAUGACGUCUGGUCUGGCUCGUCUCAACCCCAUCAACAGCCUCAGGAAACCUCGGCCGCCUUCUGCCCCGACCUCGACCUUCUAUCAGCAGCAGAAGCCCGUCGUGUCAGUGGAGUACACUCUCGAUGACGACCCGGUGGGCUACGCGUCUCCUGAAGCCCACCUAGCGAGCUGCGGUGUGCUGGCGUCCUCGGUCACAACUCAGGCCCACCUUAGCAUCCCUGCCACAGCGACCUCACCCUUCCCUCGGCCGUCGUCUCCGCUCACCCGAUGCAUGAGCGAGGGAUUCCUGCACUCUAAUGCUCACCACCACUACCUCACUCCCCCGCUGUCGCCUCUUGCUCCUCCUAACCGAUCCCUCACCCCCGAGAUUUUCGUAAGUUCUUGCUUGGAGUCCUCGGCGGGUCCGUGUUCCCUGCCCCCCGUCUCGCCGCUGUUCCAGCUGACGCCGCUCACGUCGCAGCGCGUACGCAAACUUUCGCAUUCUUCGGACGAGGUCGACCCAAGGGACGGCUCUUCCGCAGCGACGGCCGCGGCCGAGGCGUCAUCUUCCAUGUUCAGGGCAAGCUCGACUGCAAGCCUGCAGCUGCAUCUGUCUGCUAGCAGAUCUGAAGGGCUCUUGGGGCAACCCAUUGCUCACUCCAAUCCUGUUUCUCCUCUUGCUGCCUUCCAGAAAAAUGGCGUCUUUGGCGCGCCUUUUAAUGCGAUCGCCAAAGGUGUCCAGAGCCUGGCUCCUGGAGCCGGCAAGCUGGCGCGCGGCAUGCAGAGCAUCGGUGCCAACGUCGACCCUUUUAAGUUGAAGAUGCAAAGACAAGAGCUGCUCCAGCAAGACCUCGUGUGGCAGGCUAAGAAGGCAGCUUGUAAAAGUGUAAUCAUUGAAUUCUAACUUCUUUCGUUUCGCAUCUUUUGACUCUCGAUGUGUAAAAAUAACCAUUCUCAUGCCAACCGACUCAGGUUAUUUUCUCUUGUGUGUGCAAUUAUGCGAAUGUUCCGCGAGGAAUUGUGACCUCUUGUUAAUGAAGGACGCUGUUGUCCUCUUCACUUGAAACUAUAACAUUCAGAGGCAGCUAUUAGUACGUAUUAUUCUAGCGAGACACAACGCAUAAAACUCUACGCAUAUGUUCUGGGUUCUCUCGGUUGGUUCUGCACUUGAACGCCAGUGAAAUAAAGUCUGCAUUUUAAAGGUUAUGUAAUGCGCCACGUACAACUUCUUAUAUCGUCAGUGCGCGUAUGCAAUUCCAAUCACACUUUUAUCGUCACACUUCCAAGGCUCGUCUGCUUCGGAAUU